AUGACACACCACACUCAGCAAAGAAAUAUUUCUGUCUGUCUGUUUGUCCUGGUUAUCACACUGUACUCAUUCGUCUGGCACAGCCACUUCGAUGUCGAUGCAGUGUUCCCAAGGGGUGACUAUCCCUCUGAUACAUCGUUGAACGUCACUGCCGCCGUAAAGCCGCAUAGUCCAGAUGACACAGCUGACAAUGAGUCUCUGCGCUACAUCCCACACAGCACCAUACAGACAUGGAAGGAGAGGGACUACCUCAUCGUGUUUGGCAUCCUGUCUAUUGACAUUGAGGCGAGGCGGAGACGCCGUGAUCUGCAGCGGACCACGUGCUGGCAGUUCCCCGGUGUUGCACGGAGGGCGAAUAACUUCAAUGGUGCCAUGUUGGUGUUGUAUGUACUUGCACGGCACCCAUCACAUGGCUACAACUAUUCUGCUGCACUACUGAAGGAGGCUGAUGAGUAUCAUGAUGUGGUUACACUGAGAACUAGCGAUUCUUUACCAACAACGAACAAGGUAAUUGGUUUUGAAGGUCAUUGGGGUACCGAGGCUGGGAUAAGUAUGAGUCGUAAAGUGUACUUUUGGUUUGAGUUGGCACUGCGAGUAUUCCCGAAUGUGAACUACAUUGCGAAGGGAGACGAUGACAUGUUCCUGCGAGUACCACAGUUCCUCGCUGAUCUGCGUACAGUACCACGCCGUGGGAUCUACUGGGGAAGGCUGGGAACCCACGAUAACCCAGUGCGUUUUUUUUUCGUUGUCGGAUUCUGUGCAACGCUGUCAAGGGAUAUUGUUGAGCACUUCGUGUCGUACAAACCUCUGCAGCGCUUGGUGUACACGCCGUACACUAAAGGGAAGGAGACUCUGUUUUUUUCUCUUUUUAUGCAAAACGAAGACAUGAUGGUGGGGUUUGUGCUGAGAAAGGUACUACACCAUAACAUUACAUUUGUUAGAGAAAAGCGGUGUCGUUUUCACGAUUUUCGUAGUGGCCGCCAUAAAUGGCGGGUAACUAAGAAUUCUGUUAUGGUGCAUCAUAUUACAGAGGAAGAUUACGAUAGGUUGAUGAAUUUUUCUGGAUAUCAGCGAAGCAUCACCCCGAAAACCCCUGUUCAUCGAUCAUGGCACUUGGAAUUUAUAUGCUGA